AUGAUCGCCAGCCCCGUGCUGGCUCUGGUGGCUGCUGGCCUUGCUGUCGCCAACAGCCCUGAUCACCACAAGAGCUUCAGGCCAAAGCUGGAGAGCGCCCGCGAGAAUGGGCCUCAGAUCUUCAACGCCAUACACAACGCGAUGCGUGAGUUCGGGUCCGCGCUCAAUCACAACGGGAUGUCACUGUUCCCUGCUCUGAUACCCGAGGGUGUGCUACUGUACCACGGAACCCAUACGCGAGACGUACCGCACGCUUUCGAAUGGCUUGCCUUUGAAAUAGAGCAUGCUCAGCAGUUCGCCCUCCCAAUGCCACCAAGACGUCCCCCGCCCAGAGUGUCCCAUGAAGAGGAGCAAAUAUGGCACUCGAUUCACGAUCACGACCCCUUGGAACUUCAUCUGGCUGCGCGGGAACUAGGCCGGCCACCGAGAGGACGACCUGACCCAUCGGAGUCAGGUCAUUUGCACCUCUACCAAGCGACCAGGGAACUGAGAGUUCUGUAUAUCGAUGGGAUGGCAGCCGGCAAGACUGACAUGGGCACAAUUGAUACGCAGGACUACCUUCUCACUGGAAAUCAAGGAGAACGUCACUCCAUGAAUGACUGGGCCAGAGCUGAGGACCUCUGCAAGCUAGCGAAACCGUGGAGGAUAGAUGGAUUCAUCCGCAUGGAACCGGGAUUCGAGGUUAUAUACUGCGACUUCACUGAGGGGCUGCGGCUCGUCUCGACCCACCAACAACCCGAGAUGAACGAUCCCGGAAGCUUGGUCGACGCAGAUGCGUCGGAAGCUGGAUGGGGAGGACUAAUGACGUUUGCGUGGGCGAGAGCAGCAGCGCAGCGGUAUCACGACAUCGGUGCAUCGCGCGUCAUGCUCGACUACUCGUCUAUGGUUUCUGCAUACUUCUACCCAGCAAACUUGACGAAUCCAAAGCCAGACAGGCCUGAGCUUCCGAGACUGACUAAUUCCAAAGACUGGGAACUGCAGAUAAUGAGAGAGCAUAUCGGUUACACGACGCUGAGGUCUCGGGGAACCGCAGAGCGGAGGGUGGGUUGGCAAGGCGUGGUCGACAUGAUCGUUUCACGCUAUGCUAACCGGUUUCCUCUCAUGGCUCGAACAGCGUCUCUUGAUGUGUUCAAGUACGAGGUCAACAAUCUCCUGAAUGUCUUUAUCGACUAUUCUGAAGAUGACAAGGGGCUGGAGGCAGCGAAGCGCCGAUGUAUUGGGUUUUACCUGCAACCUGCCAGCCCACAGACACCCGAAGACUUCUUGAUACAGGCCGCGAUUGAGAGCACAACCACUGCGAUAUGUACGGCCUUGUUCGAAGCCCGCCGGCUUGUGGUCGAGGACACAGAUGCAGAUAAGUCCUCACUUAAUGCCGGGAAGGACAUCGUCAGGGAGUUGAUGGAUGUGCUGAGCUGGUCAACAUGGAAAGAAUGUGGUGCUUGCCAAUCGGACGAAGUGUGCUUCAUCGCGAUGUGGCCGUUUGGAAACGUCGAGGAUCAUUUCCAUCCCAGUUGUCUCAACCAUUCUACUAUUCACGGCCGGAUGACUUACUGGAGGAAUGGACGGCCGGGACCGCGGCCGCCUCCGGAUGAAAGACAGUAUGAAGUCGGGGAAUUGUGA